AAUGAUAAUUGAAAUAGAAACAAAAAGUGGGCCCAUUUAGAAUCGAACUUUGAACCAGCCCAGCCCAUAACCAAAACAUCUUGUGAUUUCUAAUUGAAAAAUAAAAUACUUGUAGCGCCUCAGUUUUCUAUUUCCAGAUUUAUUAUUUUUUUUCCCUAGCAAUUGAGAGAGAUUUUUUGUCCAAAGAUGGUGGGGAAGGGAGUCACAAUUGAUUGGAAACUUCGACCCAAGAAGUGCGGCAAGAGAUGCUACGUUGAUAAUGAUCGGAUAAGUCAAUUGCCGGAUGCCAUUCUCGUCACUAUCCUAUCUUUUCUAUCGAUGAAGGAAGCUGCACGCACUAGUGUUCUUUCUUCUCGCUGGAUAAACUUGUGGAAAGACUUCCCGCGCCUCGAUUUUGAUGCAGAAAGUGCAUUGUUGAAGAUUGCACGAGACUAUGAGUUACACGGUGAAGAGAGUGGCAAGUAUGUAGAGUGGGUGAAUCGGGUCAUCCAAUCACACAAAGCGACCACCUUGAAAGAAUUCAGAGUAUGUUUCGAUUUAAGCCGAUCGGUAAAGAAUUCAAUCACUCAAUGGCUUGAAUUUGCGCUUUCGAGACAUGUUGAGAAGUUGGAGUUGGAUUUUAAAACAAAAUUUGAGAAUUCAGGCUGUGAGGAUACACAUUAUAAUUUCCCGGAGAAAUUCUUGAAACACCCUUCACAAAGUUCAUCUAUUAACUUUAAGUCCCUCAAAGCAUUGUCUUUGAAAUGUGUUAAUGUAACCGGUGAAGCUAUUGAGUUCUUUUUACGCAACUGCCCUUCGCUCGAAAAAUUGGUUGUUACUUACACAAGUAAGCUAUCAAAUCUUGAAGUUUGUGGUCCAUCCCUCGCUUUAAAACACUUGGAUUUGCGCUUCUGCUUCCGUCUAAAAUCUGUUAAGGUUUCAGCCCCGAAUCUUAUUUCACUUACUGUGCCGAAAGUGGAAGGGCUCUUGCUUGAGAAUGUUCCCGCGCUUGUUGAGUUAUCUCUUAUUUUAACGAUUCCUUAUCGCGCUGUCAAAAAAAAACUUUCUACACUUUCGUGCUGCAUUUCCCAAUUGGAGAUUCUUUACUUGAAUCUGGACAGCAAAGUAAAGGACAUUGAUCUACCCACACUUCCUAAACUGAAAAAGUUGGCCAUACGAUAUUGGAUAAGCGGUGAUAAAAGUCUUUUCGGACUAACCCCUUUCAUAAGGGCAUCUCCUAACUUAAAGGAAUUUGUUUUACAGUUAUGUUGUUGUGAUUCCACGAGGUCAGAUGGACAAGUGAAGAAUACUGUAAAGUUUCCCCAUGAGCACCUUAAAGUUUUCAAGUUUUGUGGCUAUUAUGGUCGCUCAAGUGAUGUUGAAUUAGUGUGGUGCAUUUUAGAGAAUUGUGUGGCGCUUGAGAAAUUAAUUAUUGAUCCAAGUUAUCCGCCGACCACUCGUUCCCAUAGACCGUUACGGCCUGAGAGAUUAGUCGAGGAACGAAUUUCACGAGUUUAUGCCAAGCAACAACUUGAAUCACAAGUACCUCAACACAUUGAAUUGGUUAUUCUUUAACUAACUCUAUAGGCAUUAGUAUCUUUAUGACUAUUGAAUAAUCUGUUCGGAAUUACUUAUUUUUGCAAGAUUGUAUAAUUUUCGUUCUAUC